AUGUCUUUCUGGCCUCUGCCUGCUGAACCAAAGACCAAGCUCGGUCACUACCGCCUCUUGUCUCCUAAUGCGGCCGUCCAUGUUUCUCCUCUCCAGCUCGGUGCGAUGAGCAUCGGCGACAAAUGGCACGAUUUCGGAAUGGGAAGCAUGGAUAAAGAAUCCAGCUUCAAGCUCCUCGACGCGUACUUUGAGAACGGUGGAAACUUCAUUGAUACUGCCAACAACUAUCAAGAUGAGACUUCCGAGCAAUUUAUCGGCGAAUGGGCCGAGACGAGAAGAAUUCGUGAUCAACUCUUUAUCGCGACCAAGUACACCACCAACUACAAAAUUCGCAACCCUUCUAUUCAGCAGACAAUUAAUUAUGUUGGCAAUGGUAACAAGGCUUUGCACCUCUCCGUCGAAGCCUCCCUCAAGAAGCUUCGAACGACCUACAUCGACCUUCUUUACUUGCAUUGGUGGGAUCACGACGCCAGUAUCGAAGAGGUCAUGAGGUCUCUGCACUCUUUGGUCUUGCAGCGCAAGGUCUUGUAUCUUGGCAUCUCAGAUACGCCUGCAUGGGUUGUCGCGAAAGCGAACCAGUAUGCUCGCGACCAUGGCCUGACCCCCUUCGUUGUCUAUCAAGGCGCGUGGAACGUCAUGGAGCGAUCAUUCGAACGCGACAUUAUCCCCAUGGCUAGGUCUGAAGGAAUGGCUUUGGCACCUUGGAACGUCCUCGCGGCAGGAAAGAUCAGGACCGACGCAGAGGAAGAAAAACGCCGCCAAACUGGCGAAAAGGGAAGAACACUUCUUGACCCUAGUUGGGAGAGGAACGACAAGGAGAAGAAGGUGUGCGCUGCUCUGGAGAAGGUCGCUGCGGAGGUCGGAGCGAAGCACAUUACAUCUGUCGCCAUCGCCUACCUCAUGCAGAAAACGACGUAUGUCUUCCCCAUCCUCGGCGGACGCAAGAUCGAGCAUCUCCUCGCUAAUGUUGAGGCUCUCGAUAUCGAUCUCACUGAUGAACAAAUCAAAUAUCUUGAGAGUGUCGUUGAAUUCAACCCUGGCUUCCCCAACGUUAUGAUUGGAGACGGCUCGGAAGGUAGUCGCUAUGUGAGGUUGGCCUCCAAUUACUACAGGAAGCCAAUUGUGAAGCCCCUUCGCUCUUCUGAUAACUAG